AAACCUGCUGGAGGGACGCUGUUCAGUCUGAGAUCCAGAAGACAGGAAGAGUGCUAUUUUGCCGUGGAAGUGGCCGGGCAGGAUGCCAUUAAGUUGGUCCAUUCGGGUCCUAAUGGCACUCAAUCCGUUCUCAUCCCUGCACUGCUCGCUGACGGAAAGUGGCAUCGCUUAGCACUGGGCAUUCAGGAUGACAGUUCGGUGAGAAGCUACUUUGACUGCAGGUGGGUGAGCACGGACAUACUGAAGAAAAACUCACUGGACAUACCAGAAGACGCCGACCUAGUCAUCGGAUAUCUUUUCUCGGGAGAACUCGAGGAUAUGGUGUUGGUCGGUGACCCGUCAGGCGUGGCCCAGCAGUGUUCCACCAAUUUGACGCCGUCCGUCGAUCCUCUCCUCGAAGAGGCUCGGCCCCAUAGGAAGCCGCAUAAACUCAAACCAUAUCCAAAAACAUGGUUGCCUCCUGUUCAGCCUCCUAGAAGCAACAGGAUAGUUGUGUCGGACGACGAAGACCUCGAGGGCAGUGGCCUUUCUUCCGACGACGGUUUCGACUGGUCGGACUGGAGCGAGUGCACUCCGUCCUGCGGCUUGGGAGUCCAACACAGGACGGCAUCCUGUCUAGACGACACCUGCGUCGAAAGGAGGGAGACGCGGCCGUGCAAUUCAGGCCCAUGCCCACAUGGACGAAAGCAGAACGAUUGCCACUGUGAAAACGGAGGGGUGUGCAAGAAGAAAGGCGAGUGCCGAUGCAGGCCUGGGUUCGUCGGGCCUCGCUGCCAAACGGCUGUCUGCAGGCCCAGGUGCAGAAACGGAGGCGUCUGCAAAAACGGCGUCUGCCAGUGUCCCGACCACUUUACCGGAUCUAUCUGCCAGACACCAAUAUGCGAUCCAAUAUGCCAAAAUGGAGGACAUUGUGUCGGUAACAACCAGUGCCUUUGCCCACCCAACACGAACGGAGAUCAAUGUCAGAAUUUCACAUGUGGUGGAGGAUGCGAAAACGGAGGCACUUGUGUCGGUCCAGGACUUUGCGAAUGUCCGCACAACGCGACCGGCGACCUAUGCCAGGAGCCGAUUUGCGACCCACCCUGCGAGAACUCGGCCACCUGCGCUCCGGGGAACACGUGCAUCUGCCAGCCUCACUCAUCAGGGCCCAGAUGCCACGACAAGAAAUGCGAGUACAGACCGGUGCAGGAACCGUACGUCAGGGGCUACAGGAGGCUCCUCCUCAAAAAGCACUUUGAGACAAAAUGUGAUCCCACCAAUUGGAAAUCGUGCAUCAAGACGGUACCGGAAUAUCAGAAUGUUUACGAGAGGGCUUACAGGACAACUUACAAAUGCAUAGACCAGCCCUGAGAAUAAAUCCAAAAAGAAGACACAUAUCUCAACUAAUGAAGAUAAAGGACUCCUUUAUUAUUCCAGAGAUGUAAAUAAAUUCGCAAACAUCCCAAAAAGAAUUUCUUUUUAAUUUCUUCUCCAUUCAGCAGAUCAAGCAAGUCUGCCACUGAAUGAAAAUAAAAAUUCAUCUAAAACACAGUACGAAGGAAUUACCUUGUGUAACACCUUUAUGAGUAAUAGUCAAUCUGGACAGAUUUUUGUUUUUUGAUAAUCUUUCCACGUCGUUUGAGACUUUUAAUGACAAAGUUUGAGUAAUUUGUUUUUUCCUUUUUUAGUGAUUUGUAGGCUUUAGUAUGCAAAAAGGAAAAAACAAUUAAACGCCGGUAGGAUGUAAAUAGUAAAAAAAAAGUUUUAAAAAAAUAAAGAA